ACAGCUGUAUGUAAUUCAAUAUGUUAACGUAAUGUUAUUCAGCAGGUUUCAUUCAACUUGGAGGCAAAAUUUGUUAGUUGUAUGAGGGCUGCAAAAUGUUUGGCCAUAGUGUACGCUGACACUAAAAACACAUUGUCCUGUGUUGUUUUGACUAGGUGCCUCAAUAUGGACAACAGCAGUAGAAGCAGAAAAGUGAAGUAUCGGUGCCCAAGGUCGCAAUUCUCUUCACCUAGCAAGUAUCGGAGGAGCAGUGCUGGCACUCCCCAGCCAUCCUGCUGGUCGCCGGGGGAGGAGGACUCUGAAGAUGAGGCUCGCUGUGCAUCUCUCAACGUCUCCUCUGGCUCUGCUCACCUGGAGAGUUUGCACAAUAUUUUCCUGGAGACGCCAAAGUGUAAAACCGCUGCAAGCUCAAUACAUUAUCAGCAAAGUACUCAAGGUGGUGAAGGCAGUCGAUCUUCACCGAAGAGUUGCUCUGGGCUUCGGAAGACAUUGUUUCGACCACAGACUCCCACCAAGAAAAAAACUUCUGAAAACACACCCAGUAAAUCCUCCACCUCAGGUCGCUGUUCAGAACAGAAUAAUACGUUGACAUCGGGUAACAAAUUGAAAACCAGAACGCCAGAAGAUGGAUUGAAAGUCAUAUACCUUAAAGCCAUCUCUGCAGCGUUUGGAAAAGACAUGCGGAAAAAAACCCACCUGGAGCUUAAUGAAACCACAAGCACUGCUGCUGAAGCAGAACAAGACAAAAAGUCUUUGGAACUGGAUGAUUCAGGAAGCAACGAUGAACUCUCUUGCUGUUCACUUAUGAAGGAUGAUGAACAAACUAAAGGUGAAAGUGAUGCUGGGGUGGGAAAAUGUCCUUCUCCUUUGGUGUUCAUUGAUGUAGGAGAAGACAAGGAAGCUUAUCUUACAGGAAACCUCACAAGGAGUGUUGUAUUGAAAGGCCAGGAAUCGGAUGGAGCUGACUGGUCAGAUGUCGAUGACCCGGUCACUGUAGUGACAUUUUCACAGGACGAGGAUUGUGUUACAAGCAGCCCGAAGAAAGGAAAGUAUGAUGAUUCACCUCCAGCACUUGAAUAUGUGGGGAACCCACUGCCUUCCUAUAUGAGCCCCUGGACCAGUCAACCAGGGAACUGGCGUGGUAGACCCCAAACGCCCACUGCAUCACCCAGCAUGAUGAAGAGGAGCGCUGGCUAUCAAAGCAGCUCCAGCAACGAUUCCUACAGGCUCUCUGAGAAAUACAGAGCCAGCACCCCUUUGCCACUAUAUAACUCCAGGGAUUCUGGCUCUUUUUAUCAAAGGGCCUCCCAGUCGUAUUCUUUUGACUAUUCUGGCUGCUCGCAAGAAGGUACCAGGAGAGAUUUAGACUCCAGCGUGGCAUCUUACAAUUCAAUCUUUGAUAUUUCAACCUUUGAGGGCAGUAGUUCUACCUCGUUGAAUUCUACACCGGCAUGUGAUUUCAUCACCACAUCCACAAGACCUCGACAGCACGGCUUUAUUGACACGCACUGCCACCUGGAUAUGCUGUAUGCCAAGCUGACUUUUAAAGGGACCUUUGCCGCAUUCCGGAACCUCUACCACAGCACUUUCCCUGUGGAAUUCGAAGGCUGCAUUGCUGAUUUUUGUAAUCCCCGUCACAUCAUUAGAGAUCGUCUCUGGGGAGAAUUGUUGAAGGAAGAGAAAGUUUGGGGGGCUUUUGGUUGUCACCCACACUUUGCUCGUUACUAUACAGAAGCACACGAGAGAGCCAUACUUGAUGCUAUGAGACACCCCAAAGCGAUUGCGUUUGGUGAAAUGGGACUGGACUAUUCACACAAGUGCACCACAGAAGUCUUCAAGCAAAAACAGGUGUUUGAGAGGCAGCUCCGCUUGGCGGUAUCUAUGAGGAAGCCCCUUGUUAUACACUGCAGGAAUGCUGAUGAAGACUUGUUUGAGAUUAUGAAGAAGCUUGUGCCCAGGGACUACAAGAUCCACAGGCACUGCUUCACAGACAGCUAUGAUGUGAUCGAGCCUUUUCUCGAGGAGUUUCCUAAUCUCUCAGUGGGGUUCACAGCCCUGGUCACCUACCCUCGUGCUGUCCAAACUAAAGAGGCCGUGAGAAGGAUACCACUGGACAGAAUAGUUGUAGAAACGGAUGCGCCUUACUUCCUGCCUAGACAAGUUUCUAAAAGAGUGUGCACGUAUUCCCACCCAGGGCUUGCACUGUGCACAGUCAAAGAGAUCGCCAAUGUGAAAGCUAUGAAGCUGUCAACUGUGUUAUCAGCACUGAGACAAAACACUACUGGUUUGUAUGGGGUGUAGAGCUCUUUAGCAAUUAGCAAUCUGAUGUUUAAACAUAACCCGUUUUAUUUUAAAUAACAAAAUG